CCUUCCCAUUUCAAACGGGUGUGAUGUAGAUCAACCCACUUGUUCAAGUUCAAGUCCAAACUCCUCGCGGCAGACUCAUCCACAACACAUUAACCAAGCUAACGUAACUGCUUUCUCACCCAUCUGAGAACCAUUAAUCAAUCUUGACGGCGCCGACGUAGUCGCGGCAGAGUCAUUCAGAGCAGCAUGUAUCUGGAGAUCUUGGCCUUUGCAAUCGCCACCUCAGGAUGGGUUCUCGUAUCGUCAACCCUGCCGACGGACUACUGGAAGGUGUCCUCACUUGACGGGACCGUCAUCACCACAGCGACCUAUUGGGCCAAUUUAUGGAAGGCGUGUGUCACCGACUCUACAGGGGUGUCCAACUGCAAAGACUUUCCGUCCAUGCUGGCGUUGGAUGGAUACAUUCAGGCCUGCAGGGGUUUGAUGAUUGCUGCAGUCUGUCUGGGGUUUUUUGGAACAGUCUUCGCACUGGUGGGAAUGAAGUGCACCAAAAUAGGAGGAAGUGACAAGACCAAAGCGAGGAUUGCCUGCUUUGCAGGGGUUGUUUUUAUCCUCAGCGGUCUGUGCUCCCUUUCAGCAUGUUCCCUCUAUGCACAUCGGAUAACCUCAGAGUUUUUCGACCCUUUGUUUGUAGCCCAGAAGUAUGAACUUGGAGCGGCGCUCUUUAUCGGCUGGGCAGGUUCUGUCCUUUGCGUUCUAGGUGGCGCUGUGCUCUGCUUCUCUGUGGUUGACUGUAAGAAAAGUCGUGCAGAUUAUGUCUACAGAGGUGCUGCCUCACAUUCGCAUAUCUCCUCAUACCAAAGAGGAAGAGGCCAGUCUGUGAGCCAGAGGCCGCCUCCCGAAUACAGCAGCUCCUCCAAGGCCCCCAACUUUGAUAAGAACGUCUACGUUUAAAUGAUGUGAAUAUUAAGCGCACUGAGUCGUGUAGGAUAGUGUGAAGUCAAAGAUAACAGUACACCGAAGGAAAUGUGUGUAUUUAAUACCAGGUGGAUUCUUGAUUGCUAUUCACAGUGAAAUGGCAUUUUGAUCCAGUGACAAGGUGGUACGACGGUGCCUUGAGGUACAAGUGACCCGUUUUUUGAGAAUUCAGACUUAAGAAGCACUAUAGUGGGAAUGGAAUCAGUUUACUGUUAAACAACUUCUUAACACUGCUGUAUGCAUGUCAAUAUUAAAGCUAACAAAUGAAGAAAAUUUGUUUUACAUGCUCAGCAUUGAUAGUUGCAGCUUUACAAAUGUUUAUGCAACAGGUAUUUGAACUCAAAUGAUGAAACAACCCAAUUAGACAACCGUUAUAUUAUAAAUAAAUUUGAUGACCUGUAUGAAAACUUGCAUUACAGCAUUUUAAAAGGUUAUUUUUGUCUGAUCACUGUAACAAACAACACUGCCUCCUGGUGGCCAUAGCAAGCAAAGCAUAUUGAAUUGGAUUGCCUCAUUUGAUCAUGAUGUGAAAAAAUGUUGAAUUAUAUUUAUUUCUAAUUGAUUGUUAUUACUUUGUUUUUAUAAAUUACGAUGUAGCCUCAGAGCACUUUGUCUUUAGGGGGUUCUGGAAUGGAUUUAAGGCAUUUCUUUUCAUUUUAAAUGAGAUAGGAAUGAUUGGAUUUGGUCACAAAACUAAUUACAUUAUUAUCUCAAGGCACCGCAAUAUGUCAAACGUUAUUUUUCUGUUUUUCUCCAAACACAACAAAGAAUAUUUAAAUAAUAUCUGCGGAAUAUAUAUAGAGAUAUUAAAUUGACAUGUCAAAAACAUUUUCCCUCCUACUUUUUGGUUUUCAAAUAAACUAACAAAAGAAUGAUCUGAUUUAAAAGGCAUUCAGAUUUACCAUUCCAAGCAACUGAAUGGAACUAAAGUUUUUAAAAUGCCUUAAAAAAAGUUUUUAAAGUAAUUAAUUGACUCUCAAAUUAUAUGCUAAAGGUCAUUUCCAUUUGGAGAUUUGCAUUUUACAUUGUACAUUUACCUUAAACGGUCAGUGUCAAAGACUUCUGUUGUGUAAACAUUUUUUGUACAACAUUUUGAUAUUUAAAAUGGUUUGUAGGAAAAAGGUAACAAAACAAUAAAAA